UUUACCAAAUCAAACCAGGAAAUUCAGGUCGUGGGCGCAAGUGAAAAUCACAGCCCCACCUGAUUCGAUCCGCGACUUUGACGAGUCUCUCCCGCCCAGGACCCAAAAUACUUAACAACUACGAUUCCGUUGCCUUCAAAUUUAAGCGUCUCUAUUCUUGCUAUUUUAUCUGCAAAACAGAUCUUCACAGAGAAGAAAUAAAUACAAAAGAAAAAUGGCGGGCUGGUUCGGUUCUGCGCCCGAGACGAUGAUAGUUACCAACACGCCGGCGGCGGAUCUCGCCUUCACUAACCUCGCUUACUGCUCGGGGUCCGAUCUCCACAACUUCGCUGUUCCUGGAACCAAGCUAUUCAUGGCUUUAAUCGCCGACUCCUUUGUUCUAUCUCUUUCUCCUCACGAAAAUAUUCGUCCUGGUCAUAUUGCUCUGAAUCUUAUUCAACGUCGGCAUGCAAGAGUUUCUACUGGAGACUCGAUUUCUGUGAGCAGGUUUAUUCCUCCCGACAAUUUUAACCUUGCAUUGCUGACACUUGAGCUGGAAUUUGUGAAGAAGGGUACUAAGAACGAAAAGGUGGAUGCUGUUUUACUGGCUAACCAACUCAGAAAGAGAUAUAUUAAUCAGGUUAUGACAACAGGACAAAGAGUAUCGUUUGAGUAUCAUGGAAACAAUUAUAUUUUUACAGUCAAUCAAGCUGUUGUAGAGGGCCGAGAAAAAUCUAAUGAUGUUGAAAGAGGGAUGGUUUCAGGUGACACCUACUUCAUCUUUGAAGCAGCAAAUUCAAGUGGCAUAAAGAUUGUUAAUCAACGUGAAGCUGCCAGUAGUAACAUCUUUAGGCAUAAGGAGUUUAAUCUUCUGUCACUUGGUAUAGGUGGCUUAAGUGCAGAGUUUGCAGAUAUAUUUCGAAGAGCUUUUGCAUCGCGAGUUUUUCCACCCCAUGUGACAAGCAAAUUGGGGAUUAAACACGUAAAGGGCAUGCUGCUUUAUGGGCCUCCUGGUACUGGAAAAACUCUCAUGGCUCGUCAAAUUGGGAAAAUGUUAAAUGGGAGAGAACCAAAGAUUGUUAAUGGCCCUGAAGUCUUGAGCAAGUUUGUUGGUGAAACUGAAAAGAAUGUUAGAGACCUGUUUGCUGAUGCUGAAAAUGAUCAAAGGACACAUGGGGACCAAAGUGAUUUGCAUGUAAUAAUUUUUGAUGAGAUUGAUGCUAUAUGUAAGUCAAGAGGUUCAACAAGAGAUGGAACAGGAGUUCAUGAUAGUAUUGUGAACCAGCUACUUACAAAGAUAGAUGGUGUGGAGUCUCUGAAUAAUGUUCUACUUAUUGGAAUGACCAACAGAAAGGAUUUGCUUGACGAAGCACUUUUGAGACCUGGGCGAUUGGAGGUUCAAGUUGAGAUAAGCCUUCCUGAUGAAAAUGGUCGUUUGCAAAUUCUUCAAAUUCAUACCAACAAGAUGAAAGAGAAUUCUUUUCUUGCUCCUGAUGUGAACCUUCAAGAGCUUGCUGCUCGGACCAAAAAUUACAGUGGGGCAGAACUUGAAGGUGUUGUUAAAAGUGCAGUGUCAUUUGCUUUGAAUAGACAACUAAGUAUGGAUGAUCUUACCAAGCCAGUAGAUGAAGAGAAUAUUAAAGUUACAAUGGAUGAUUUCCUACAUGCACUGCAAGAAAUUGUUCCUGCAUUUGGGGCUUCCACUGAUGACCUAGAACGAUGCAGACUUAAUGGCAUGGUGGAAUGUGGUAAUCGACAUGACCAUAUUUAUCAGAGAGCUAGGCUACUGGUGGAGCAAGUUAAAGUUAGUAAAGGAAGUCCACUAGUCACUUGCCUUCUGGAAGGCCCAAGCGGCAGUGGUAAAACUGCUUUGGCAGCUACCGUUGGCAUUGACAGUGAUUUUCCAUAUGUGAAGAUAGUCUCAGCUGAAUCAAUGAUUGGCCUUCAUGAGAGCACUAAAUGUGCAAAGAUAGUUAAGGUUUUUGAAGAUGCGUACAAGUCACCACUAAGCAUUAUAAUCCUUGACGACAUUGAAAGACUGCUGGAGUAUGUUGCCAUUGGACCUCGGUUUUCAAAUUUGAUUUCUCAGACAUUGUUGGUUCUCCUUAAACGCCUUCCUCCUAAGGGAAAGAAACUUAUGGUGAUAGGGACAACAAGUGUAGUUGGCUUUUUAGAUUCAAUUGGCAUUUGUGAUGCUUUGUCUGUCACCUAUAAUGUUCCCACGUUGAAGGCAGAAGAUGCAAAGAAGGUACUGCGACAGCUAAAUGUUUUUGCUGAAGAAGAUGUUGAUGCAGCUUGUGAAGCAUUGGAUGAUAUGCCGAUCAAGAAGCUAUAUAUGUUGAUAGAGAUGGCAGCCCAAGGUGAGCAAGGAGGAGCUGCAGAAGCAAUCUACUCUGGCAAACAAAAGAUUAACAUUGCUCAUUUUUAUGAUUGCCUUCAAGAUGUUGUACGAUACUAAUCCAAUCUCCUUUCCUUUCCCUUGUCCACUUCAGCCAUCCCUCCAUCUUUUAUUUUUGGCAUUGGCAGCUUUUUUUUUUUUUUUUUUAUAACAAAGAAUAAGUUAACCCAAAGGACAUGGACGUAAGGUUAGAAUCCCACGUCAAUUAUGGAAAAUGAUAAUGUGUCUUUUAUAUGAGUCAUACACACUCUUCCCUUUUAAGUUAGUUUUUAAGGUGAAUUAGAUCCGUUUCAAAUUUAAUAUUUUAU